AGAAUUAACGCAACAAAUUCAUUAUUGGCUCAAUGGCUUCUGUUCGUCAAGGCUCAAGUGGGUGUCUACGGAGAUCGUUGGUUGGUGGACCUGCCGUCGAGAGCAGUGACUCCACGGUACUGGAAAAUGGCCGCCAGUGAGGUUUUACGGGCCUUAUGGCACGUCGAUGGCAAGCCUCUAUCAGAGGACGACUCUAUCGCUAUUGAGAAGUGGAUAGAAGAUCGCAAGGUCGGAGAUGCUCCCAAGGAGGACUCGACUGAUUUUCUGGCCCUUCCUGAUGGCAAGAACUUCGUAGAGUAUCAAGAUAGCAGUGACUCUUAUGUGGUGUACGGCUCGGGUCUCGGCGUAUACCUAGGCCAACGAAGCCAGUUGGAUCGAGGGUGGGCAGACGCCCCUGAUGAGUUCGGCGAUUCCACGGUGCCCAUCAGUGAUCUGGUCUUCUGCAUACACGGCAUGGGAGAGCACUUCUGGUCCCAGCCUCCGCACCAGAGCACUGGUUCACCAGGUGCAUUUGUUGAGAGUGUCCGAGAGUUUCGAAGUCUCAUCAAUAAGGGGCGCUCUGAUGGGGAUGGCCGAAUCGAAUGCAUUCCUGUGGUGUGGGCGAAUAUCAUCCACGAAGAUGAUAGAGACCUUGUUGGGCGUAUCAAGGACAUAACGCUACGCUCAGUCCCUCUCUUGCGCUCCCUUGCUAAUGACGUAGCGGCAGACGUGAUGUUCUACCAGUCUCCUAUAUACGAGAGCAAGAUUCGUAGAGGUGUCAUCGGCAGUAUAAAUACAGCGUUGACUGAGUGCAUGGCGACGAUAGAUCAACGGGGGCAUCCAAGACCGCGAGUUUCGAUAUUGGGGCAUUCACUUGGAUCGGUUAUAGCGUACGAUAUAGUGAAGAUACAAGAGAAUAACGAUUUACCAACGGAAUUCCGCCUUACGUCGGGCUUUGAUGUGCAUGUCUUGUUUCUGUGUGGCUCGCCUCUACCAUUGUUUCUCACAUGUCGUGGAGUAGCGCGUGGAGAUAUUGCUCCUGUGUCCAAUUGUUGCCGCCUCUAUAACGUAUUCAACCCGACGGAUCCAGUAGCUUAUCGAAUAGAACCGCUGAUUGCUCCUGACUGCAAGGCAGUGAACGCUCAUCAUGUGCCUUUCUAUAGUGGAGGGGGCGGUAUACAGAGGCAUGUUCAGGUGAAGAGGUUCGCCGAGUCGGCUUUCGAAGUUGGUGUCACCAAUACGCUCAUGAGGCCGGUGAAAAAUCUUCUAGGAUUUGACUCAGCGGAGAAGAAAAAAUACAGCGAAGUUGUGAAGAAAAUAAAGAAGGCCAACCGUGGCGAGAGAAUCGAUUGGGUCUUGCAAGAUUCGUUCAUAGAGUCAGCAGGGGAGUACGUGGCUGCGGUCGCGAGUCACUGCAAGUAUUUCGGCAACCCGGACUUUGCCUUUUUUGUCCGAGACAAGAUCAACGAUGAAUAUCAUAGUAGCGCCGAUGAAUCCGAUAGUAUCGAGCCGGCCGAAACGUCUGUUUCUAUUGUGAAGUGAUAUUCUCA